CCCUCUCUCUUUCUCUUACACGCGCACAUAUAAAUACUUCACAAUCACAAUCAGGACCUGCAUUCAACUUAUAUAGCUUUCCUUUAUAUAUUUUGGCUUUGAGUUUGACAUUGUUUUCUCUGCUGCUAUAUCAAAUGGAGCUCCAACUUGCCCUCGCACUUCCAGUUCACAAUUCAGUAAAAGGGUUCGACCUAAAUGAUGGUGGUAUUGAAUCAAAAGAACCGGUGGCCUCGCAACUAUGGAGCUAUGGUGGUUCUUUGGAAAGCAAGAAAUGCCUUAAAAACAAACGUAGUUCUGAGGAGGCUUUUGGAAAGAUGGGUGGAGUGCCACAAAUAUUCCCCCUAAUGGUUUGGAGUGGCCAGCCCAAUGAGGAAGAUGAUCGGAAAGGACAAAACAGGAAAACUUCUUCCAUUGUUAACAAGAAUGAAGUGGAAGAAAAUCAUGUUGUGGGGUGGCCACCCAUCAAAUCAUGGAUGAAGAAACAGCUCCAUCAGCAGCAGCAGCAGCAGCAUCAAGGUGGGCGGGUCAAGAAUGAUGGGGUGGCUGAGAGAAGUGGUGGACGAAACUCUUUGUAUGUCAAGGUCAAGAUGGAGGGGCAAGCAAUAGCAAGAAAGAUUGAUCUAAGGCUCUUUCACUCUUAUCAGGCACUUACCAACACCUUGAUCAGCAUGUUUGAAAAAGAGGCAAAAUUUGACAAAAAUGGCGUAAACUACACACUCACCUAUCAAGACAAAGAAGGGGAUUGGCUGCUUGCAGGAGACGUUCCUUGGCAAACCUUCAUUGAGUCCGUGCAGCGUUUGGGGAUACUAAGGAAUGGCGGAUGAGCUAGAUUAUAACAAUAUUGUUUCUAUCAUGAGCUUGAUUUUCGUUAUGUAUUGGUUUAGUAAAAGCAUAUGGAGUUCCUGUGAUAAGUAAAUGUAAAAACAAUUAUUAAGUGUUUAGUAGAGUUUAGGCUAUCCAAAGAAGAAAAGCCAAGAGAAGAACAAUUGUUUAAUUACUAGCCAUUUGUAUUGUUUGUAUUUCAUGUAAUAGAAAGAAAACCAAGUGAUAUGGAUAUAUAUAUAUAUAUAUA